UUUCAUGCUGAAUAAACUCAAAUGUUAAUGUAUCCUAACCCCCCUGGCGGUAUUCCCGAGUGUAGCUCGGGGUAAAGUUUCAGUACCAAAAGCGGUAACCCCGAGCUACACUCAGGCUUACCAUGCGGCGUUGCUCAGGGAUUCCCUGCAGCGCUUAUCUUGUCCUUCGCUCCCGCGAUGCGUCCUCUGCAGCGUCUCCGGCCAUCUCCUCCGGCUGAUGCCGGCAUCCGGCUUCCGUGUUCCGGUCCCUGCGAGUGUCGGGACGUAUGGGGGCCGGAACCAGCGGCAAAUUUAAAAAUUUUUAGAAACUGUCAUUUUUUUCAAAACGAUUAUUUCAUAGCAAAACAUUCCUGUAUCAAAGCCUUUCACAUACAU